UUGAGAGCCAGCGUCACCCUGACGGCAAUAGAUCGCGCGAGUCGAGUGAUGACGAAGAGUAAGGGCCAUGCCAGGAAAAAACAAGAGCCUGCAUCAUAUCAUGCGGCAUAAUGCUGAGGCAGCCAGUCAGCUGUCUCUGUGCUCGAUGCAACCCUGGAAACCACCCCCUUGACGCGCGUUAGAGUGGGAAACGACAUAUCGACGAUGCGCGAUAGGCCUAAUCAGGCGGCUCCAGAUGUAUGACGAUCUAAAUGCUAUGUGCACUCGAGCUGAAGAAGUGAUAACUUUCGAACAUCGAGUGUCGGAGCGUUGUAUAAAUAAACCGGUUUCUCCCCCCGCUCACUAGUGUUGAUCUUUGCUCGAAGCAAAAUAAAAAGAGAACUCCUCACCACCGGCUCUCCUCGUAAUACUUGUAUCAACGAACAUCAUAAAUCAUAUCAUAUAUAGGCCGUUCAUGCACCAUGGAGGCCAUCUUCAACGUCCAGACAAAGUUCCGCCUCGAGCGCGGCCUCAGCAAGAUUAGGGCCAUCCGCAACGAAAACUACAAGCGCCACGGCACCAAGUCUUACGUCUACCUGCUCAAUCGCUUCGGCUUUGAGCCCACCAAGCCAGGCCCGUACUUUCAGGGCGUCCAAUUCCACCAGCGUGGACUCGCCCACCCAGACUUUCAUGAGGCCCGCGGCGGUCGCGUCCACAAGAAGAAGCACCUGAGGAAGAAGGUAACUCCAGAGGGCUCCACGGACCCUAACGGAACAGAGACUGGAGAGGUGGGGGCAGAGGACCAGCAAAAUGACUCGGAGUAUCUUUGCGAGGUGACCAUUGGCACGCCUGGCCAGACGCUGCUGCUGGACUUUGAUACCGGCUCCUCUGAUCUUUGGGUCUUCUCCACCGAGCUGAGCAGUACCAUCCAAAAAGGCCACACUGUCUUCAACCCUAAAAAUUCCUCAACCUUCAAGGCACUCACUGGCCAGAAAUGGCAAAUCUCCUACGGCGAUGGCAGCUCAGCAUCCGGUGAUUGCGGUUCCGACAAUGUGACUGUCGGGGGCCUCACCAUCAAGAAUCAGACCGUUGAGCUCGCAUCAACUCUUGCCCAGCAAUUCGCACAGGGCACCGGCGAUGGUCUUCUCGGCCUCGCUUGGCCGUCCAUCAACACAGUCACAACUGAUGGCAAGCCCACGCCCGCCAACACUCCCGUUGCCAACAUGAUUACCCAAGGCGACGUUCCCAGUGAGGCUCAGCUCUUCACUGCAGCUUUCUACAGCGAGCGGGAUGCCAACGCCCAGUCCUUUUACACGUUCGGCUACAUCGACAAUGAUCUCGUCACUGCCGCCGGACAGGACAUUGCCUGGACUGAUGUCGACAACUCUCAGGGCUUCUGGAUGUUCCCGUCAACUAGCAGCUCCAUCAACGGCAAGGCUAUCUCUCAGUCCGGCAACAGCGCCAUUGCCGACACUGGUACCACCUUGGCCCUGGUCUCGGACGAGGUUUGCGAUGCUCUGUACAAGGCUAUUCCUGGCGCGAAAUACGACGACCAGCAGCAGGGUUACGUCUUCCCCAUGAGCACGGAUGUAUCCAGCCUCCCCGAGUUCAAGGUUUCUGUCGGAGACACGCAGUUUGUGAUUCAGCCCGAGGAUCUGGCUUUUGCUCCAGCGGACGACAGCAACUGGUACGGAGGAGUCCAGUCCAGGGGAAACAACCCCUUUGACAUUUUGGGCGACGUGUUUUUGAAGUCUGUUUAUGCGAUUUUCGACCAAGGUAACCAGCGAUUUGGCGCCGUUCCCAAGAUUCAGGCUACACAGAACUUGAAUUCUGCGUCUAACCAGUAAAUAUUGCUAUAAUACGUGAGGACGCAGAGACAAGGUCUCCCUCGGGCUUUCAUUCAUUCGUUUUUCAAGCCAGCCAAAUACUAGAUCUCACAGCUACAUAGUAAGAUAGAUGCAAUAAAUUCGUAAUACAGUG